GGUUGGUUGAUUGAUGUUUAAUAGUUUAUUUUUUAUUUUUCGAAACAAUGAACAAGCAUUAAAUUAGUGUAUAUUGUUGAACAUAAAACACCUUCGGUUUUAAUUUUUUUGGAGACACGUGCUGGUAUUGUAAAAUCAGCGUAAGAUUUACUGUUUGUUUAGCACAUCAUACAACAAUAUUCACCAAAAAUGGCGCAAAUUGUUCGAAUGGUAAUUGACGGUUACAAUGAUCUCAUGGACAAUAAAAGCGACCCACGUGUCAAUAAUUGGCCUUUAAUGAGCUCCCCAUUUCCAACAUUAUGUAUAUGUUUAACAUACGCAUUUUGUGUGAAACGAUUAGGACCCAAACUUAUGGAAAAUAGAAAACCAUUCCAAUUGAAGAACACACUUAUUGUUUACAAUUUAUUUCAAGUGAUAUUUAGUACAUGGUUAUUUUAUGAGAGUUGCGUUUCUGGUUGGUUAACGCAUUACAGUUAUCGAUGCCAGCCAGUCGAUUAUUCUUACAGCCCGUUAGCUUUACGAAUGGCAAGAGGAUGUUGGUGGUAUUACAUAUCAAAAUUCACAGAAUUCUUUGAUACGAUAUUUUUCGUAUUAAGAAAGAAAAAUGAUCAUAUUUCAACCUUACACGUUAUUCAUCACGGUGUUAUGCCAAUGUCAGUAUGGUUUGGAGUAAAAUUCACCCCAGGUGGCCAUUCAUCAUUCUUCGGUUUCUUAAACACCUUUGUACAUAUUAUUAUGUAUUCAUAUUAUUUAUUUGCUGCCCUUGGACCACAAUUCCAAAAAUAUUUAUGGUGGAAAAAAUAUUUAACAGCUUUACAAAUGGUUCAAUUUGUUGCCGUAAUGGUACAUGCCUUCCAACUAUUGUUUACUGAUUGCAACUAUCCAAAAGCAUUCGUAUGGUGGAUUGGAUUACAUGCUGUUAUGUUCUAUUUCUUGUUUUCUGAUUUCUAUAAACAAACUUAUAACAAACAAAAAACAGCAUUACAGAAGAAGGUACAACAUUAUUUCAAUUCCGCUUACAAAAACGAAGAGGCAAACAUGACUAAUGGUAACAUCAAAAAAGCAACUGAACAAAUUGGUAUCUGUUUUACAUCACAAACAGCCUUAUAUCAAUCAACAGACAUGGACGUACCAAAGGGUUACACAUCAUCACAGAGCAGUAACUCAAAAUUAAGAAAUCGAGCGUUUAUUGAUAAUUCAAAACAAUAGUCAAAUAUGUUAAGCAGCAACUCAGAAUGCAAAAGAAAAAUUUACCUGUGCCUUAGCCAUAAAAUUAUUUUUAAUACAUAUAUGUUUUUCCUACAUAUGUGUAUUUUUACAAUAUUUUUUUUAAUUUACUUAUUUUAUAAGUAGCUAGUCCUCAGCGUUUUAUUUAUGUAUGAUAAACAACUUUUAUUUUAAUAUCGGGUGGUCCUGAAGCGCUAACGUACUUUGUCUAUGGCUACCACAGUGAAGUUUGUAAAAUUUUAUUUGAGAAUUGGGAUAUUGAAAAAAAAAUUUUUGGACAAAAAUGGAAAAAUCAUUAAUUCUU